AUGGCUACUCAGUCUCAACUCCCUACCAUUCCAGAAGAGGUCACGGCCUCCUGGCUUUCGGAAGUACUGAAGGUUAAUGUCAAAUCAACAGAGCUGAAAAAAAUCUUACCCGGUACCGCUACUAAGCUCUACGUCAACGUCAAGUACGAGGAUGGUGUAGGCACAGAUAAGGCGAUAUUGAUGUCUGCUAACCUCUGUAUCAAGGGUGGGUUUAACCCAGACUUUAUCGAACAAGAGCCUUUUCUAGCACUAAAUCCGCCUACCGUUCCUCCCCCGUUACCUCAUUCAGUUCAGAAGGCGAUUGUUAUCACAGGUGGCGCAUCUAGCGUGGGAAGUAAUGCUAUUCAGCUUGCAGUAUCAGCAGGGUACCAGGUCUACUCGACAGCAUCACCCAAGAAUUUUGCUACUACUUGGGCUGACGACUUAGUUGUGGAGCUUCAGGGGAAAACGUUAGCGGGAGCAUUUGCAGUCGGAGAUGGUGCUGUCGAAGCCUGUACUAAGGUGAUACGCCAAUGUGACAAAGUCGAGAAGAAGCUCGUUGCUUAUGCUGGGUCUUUAAUACCCUCAGAUACUUUCAGAUCGCCCACCAGCACCGUGAAGUUUCUCGGGUCAAUGAUGCUUCAGCUUGGCCAGAGAGCCCUCUUAUCUUCUUAUACAGGGGUACGUACCAAAUUUAUCGUGGCUGAAGACAUUUGCGAGCCGGAUAAUGUCGCUAGCCGCUUGGUGUUUCGAGAUUUCCUUCCGCGCUCACUAGCAUCUAGACAGCUAGUACCUGCUCCUGAGCCUCUUGUGAUCGGAAAGGGACUGGAGAAGAUCCAAGAAGGGAUGGAGCUUCAGAAAAAAGGGGUAUCAGCCCAGAAGAUUGUAGUAUCGUUGUAA